AUGUUUCCCCCUCUUCAUCCGCAGACCCUAGCCUGUGAUUUCAACUCCGGCUCCUUUGCGCUAGCCCACCUCCUGGGACUUUCACAGGCGGAGCUUUUGAAGUCCUCUCUCCUGGUGUACUCUCUCCUCCUGCAGGCCACCUCAGGUACGUUCUUACUCGCAAACCGUACAUUCAGUCCCCCCUCCUCCUCUUCGAAGAAGCUUCAUCUUAUCUCCAUGCGCUAA